AUGGAUAUACUCAAGUACCUCGAUAAACAUGUACACAAUGACAAACUAUUCAAUGGACAUGAGUUCAUAACGGCCGCCAAACUUGGACGUGUGGAAGCGAUCAAGUAUAUCCUGAAACAUCGUGUCGUUGAGUGGCGCUUCCUCGUAGCAUCCCUUGAACGCGCAGUUGCUGGCGGGCAUGUAGAGAUUGCCAAGAUGGUCAACGAUCAAAUGUUGCUCCUUGAGAUAAAGCAUAACAAGUCCAAGAAAAGGAGACUAAAGUUGUUCAAGGAAACCGUGUACCCAAUGCGACAUCACAGCUACUUGGAUGUAGCCGCUGAAUCUGGUAGUCUGGAGAUGGUACAGUGGGUACAUAAUAGCAUGCCCGAGGUAACAUGCUCCGAGAGACUGUUUGAUCUAGCCGCUGGCAUGGGUUGCAUGGACAUCCUGCAGUUCCUCCAUCAAAAUAGAACGGAGGGCGGAUCGCAAACGGCCUGGGACCUGGCAGCCAUGGGUGGACAUUUGGAUGUGCUCAAGUUCUUGCAUGAACACAGAACGGAACCAUUCCAUCUGGGAACUAUGGCAUCAGCUGCACGCAAUGGUCGAAUGGACAUUAUACAAUGGUUACACGACAAUGGAAGACCGACAAACCAGCAGGCCGUUGACUAUGCUGCGGCCGGUGGUCAUCUGGACAUUGUGAAAUGGCUGUUGAACAAUCGCACAGAGGGCUGUUCAAAGAUGGCCAUGGACAACGCGGCAAAGAAUGGACAUCUCCACGUUGUGACGUACCUUCACACACACAAUACUAGAGGCUGCUCAAUCUAUGCGAUGAACUAUGCGGCGGCAUUUGGUCGCCUGGAAAUCGUCCAAUUCCUACAUAACCACAGGACUGAAGGAUGUGAUUACAACGCAUUGCAAUUGGCAUCUUGCAAUGGACAUCUAAACACAAUCAAGUUCCUAAUUGAAAACAGACCGCAAGAUGUCUAUUCAAACAUCACCGACUCCAUCAAAUAUGCCAAAAAGACGGACAAUCCACACAUCGUAGAAUACUUGUCAUCAUUACCAAUGUAUUACGACAAGGUCAAGUUCUCCAUUCCUCCUUCAAGUUAUUCCCUUUCGGACUUUAAUUAA